GUGUCUCAAACACACGAGAGCUCCUCUUGUCUUGCUCAGCAAUCAUAUCGCACGAGAUACUAUUGACUCCAAGUACAGACCAGUCCAGUACUGUUGUACGGCCUGGUUCCGUGGAACAGAGAUGGGCAAGCAAAAGAUUGUGCUCAAGUUGCCCCUGGAUGACGAGAGGAAGAGGAGGAAGGCCUUCAAGGCAGCUGUGGGAAUGAACGGUGUGACGUCCGCCACGAUGGAGGGCGACAAGAUCACCGUCGUCGGCGAUGGAGUCGACCCCAUCACGCUCACAACCAUCCUUCGGCGCAGCCUCGGCUACGCGGAGCUGCUCAGCGUCAGCUCCGGCGACGACAAGAAGAAGGGCGACGGGUACGGCUACGGGAGCGCCGGUGGCAUGAUGUACGGUGGCGGCGGAUACGGUGGUGGCAAAGAGGGCAAGGAGAGCAAAGAGAGCAGCGGCGGCAAGAGCAGUGGCGGCGGUGGGGGCUACGGCGGCCAUUACCAGGCGAUGCCGUCGGUCUCGUACCCUGCCGCCUACCAGCAGUACAACGCCAUGCCGCCCUACCCCGCCGCCUACUCCUAUCCUGCAGCAUACCCGCAGCAAGAACAGGACCCUGGAUGCAGCAUCAUGUGAAAAAACAUCCUACAAGUUAAUCUGAGGAGUUGGUUGAAGGUGGCCGAACACAUGGAGAUCAGAUUAACAUGGUUGGGUUCGUCCGGACAAGAUGAUCCAUGCUGCCUUGAGCUGUGCAACAGAGGAUGAUGAUCCAGGAUGUGAUGGGCAUUAUCAUCCGUGUAAUUAUGUACAGGGUUGGCCAGCAAAGUUGACGGAUUGAUCUGUUGGAGUUGGAGGUGUUGGUGGAAUGGGAGGCAGAGCUGUUCCGCAAGAUUAUGAUUCAAGUGCAGACUAAGUAGCAGCACCGAUGUUUCCUUUUCGUUUCUUUCGUUUUUGGUAAAGUUGUAGUGUUUGUUGAAGAAAAGGAUUGCAAUAAAAUUAGUGUUUA